AUGGAUCAGAUGGGUGACAACAAAGGAGAUUCUACCAAGAAACAACAACAAAAACAACAUUUAUCAUCUUCUCCUAUAGACCCAGCUGAAGAAUCCUCACAACAACAAAGGCAGCAACCGCCCCCUGCGGCGGUGGUCACCGGACCUCCGUUCAUCUCUGCUCCUGUCUACAUCCCAAGUGGUGGUGCAACUUCAGGUGGUUUUGAGCAACCACAACAGCAACAGUUUGAAGCUGUGAAUCCAAAGAGGCCUAGAUAUACUAGUGGCCAAUGGAAGCUUUUACCAUCCCCAUCUCAGCAACAAAAACAAUCCCAAACCCAAACCCAAACCCAAACCCAAACCCAAAUCAAUAUCCUAAGCAGCGAGUCAAGCCCAUCUCACUCAACACACACUUCCACCUACCCAUCUCAUCAACAACCCCAACCGGCUCACACCACAGCAGCAGCAGCAGCAGCUUCGUCUUCAGACACCACCUCGUCUCCGUCUCGCUCUCCACGCCCUUCUCUCUCCUCCGGACAAGAGACCAGCAAGACAGAGGGAGAGCAGUUUCACCAACACCAGUUCAGGAAAGGGAAGUAUGUGAGCCCAGUUUGGAAGCCCAAUGAGAUGUUGUGGUUAGCCAGGGCUUGGAGGGUCCAGUACCAAGGUGGGUCAGACGGGUCCGGCUCAUCGUCAAGGAGCGAGCCACCGGAGGGUGCUGCGGCCUCCGGAUCAGGUGAGGUGGCGGUGGCGGUGCCGGGCAGAGGAAAGACUAGAGCUGAGAAAGAUAGAGAUGUUGCUGAGUUCUUGAACAGGCAUGGGGUUAAUAGAGAUGCUAAGACUGCUGGUACUAAGUGGGACAACAUGUUAGGCGAGUUCAGGAAGGUUUAUGAGUGGGAGAGAGGUGGGGAGAGAGAGCAUGUGGGUAAGAGUUAUUUCAGACUCUCACCCUAUGAAAGAAAGCUCCAUAGGUUGCCUGCUUCGUUUGAUGAAGAAGUGUUUGAGGAGUUGUCACAGUUCAUGGGGUCCAGAAUGAGAAUGUCCCAGAGCAAAUUAGGAACUUCAGUCACUGUUUCUGCUGGUGACGAUCAUGGUACCCGAUUAGCUCUCCUAGCUACCAAGUCCUUACCUCCACCUCCUUUCAGAGAAGAUGACUUCUCUCUCUCUGGUAUAUAUCUUAAAACUAUAUAAUUGAUUUUUUUUGCAAGAGCUAAGCAUUUAGUGAUGACAAGUAGUGGAGGUGAAGCAUUUCUUCAUGGGACUAGAGGGAGCUUAUUAGGGUUUGAGUCUUCUUCAGUAUUAGACGUGGUUGGUCCGUCGUCGACUACUUCUUCUUCGAAGGAGCUUCGUCGGAUUGGGAAGAUAAGAAUGAUAUGGGAAGAAUUGGUGAGUUUGUGGGGAGAAGAAGGUGAACACCACCGUGGGAGAGUGAGGGUUGAAGGGUCAAGCUUCUUGAAUGCAGACGAGCUUACUUUCUUGGAUGACUCCAUGGUUGCUUGCACCAUGGAAGCCUUUGAAGAUGGACCUUUUAAAGGCUUCUCAGUUGAUAGAUUCCUUUCUGGCCAACAAGUCAAGGUCUUUGGCAGAAGAAAGUCUUCCUCAGCUCCUCCUGGUAGUGUGCUCAUCUCAGGUUUCAAUGAAAGAGUUCAACUUCUACCAACAGAACACUCCAUCAGACCUAUUCCCCCUUGGGAAUUCAAGGACCCAACUGAGUACUACGUAGGGUGUCUAAGAGUACCACAAACAACACUACCAAGCUUGUUUGAGCUCUCAUGGCACCUACAAGAGCCACCACCUGAGGAGAUUCGUUUCCCACUUCGUAAAGACGUGUACAAAGACUUGCCACAAGGGAAAGAACUGUUCUUCACUACCUCAACCACUGAACUACUAGAUUGUAGAGCCAUCACAUUCGACAUCCUAAGCUCAAUUAUCCGACCCAACCCUAGUUUCACUAGUGCCACCGCAAGUAGUAGAGACUCCUUCAUUGGCCUUUGGGAUGAUUGCAUUAAUCGGAUUGUAUCCAAAUUUUGCUCAGUCGAAAUGGUGUUUAUCCGGAAACCCACCAUUACUUCAUCUUCCUUAGACACAUUGCAGGAUCAAUGGCCGAACCUAACUGGUUUCAUAAGAAAUUUCUGUCUUUGGAGAGGAGAAGAAACUGAUCAAUUAAGAGAAGGUCACAUUGAUCCAUCUUCUUCAAUAGUAGAGAAGCUUCUGUGGACUUACAUGGACGUACCUUAUUUAUUGGGUUACUAUGCUGUUGGCUACAUGGUGACUUUCUGUGCACUGAGUCGGUCACAUGACCGUAUAAUUCGGUCCGAUCUUUAUUCAGUGGACUUAUCAGUCCCAACUGAAAGACUAAAAGCCCUAGUACCAUGUUGGAGAAUUGCAGGCUUAUUGCCAUUGUUGGCGGACCGAUGCUUGAAUUGUAUCAACAAUGGCACCAAUUAUAAACUCCUUCCUUACAGUGAUUUCGACAGGAUCGAUCUGGGUAAUGGUAAUUUUGUUGAAAUGACGCCGAACACGGCGACUCGGUUCUUCUCCAGCAGGAGAAAAUGGGCUGCUGUGAAAGAGAUUUAUGACUUUCUUGACAUUAGAAUCCCACACGCCGAAGUGAUUGUCCGGUCAUCGGAGACCGAUUUGGCAUUGGUGUUCAAACCCAGAGGGUGCAAAUUCAAGCCGACUAAUUGUGACCAACUAGUGGAGGCUCUGAAGCACGUGACAAAGGCAUUAGUUGCAUUGCAUGACCUUUCGUUCAUGCACAGGGACUUGGGGUGGGACAAGUUGAUGAUGAGUAGUGAGAGAGAGAACGAGUGGUUCGUGACUGGGUUUGAUGAGGCGGUGAGUGCGCCGCAGUUGUACCCACACGGAGGUGGUGGUGGGGUGGCUGCGGUGGCAGCGAAGAGUGGGAGGCACGCGCCGGAGAUGGGGAGGGGUUUGCAUGGGGUGAAGGUAGAUGUGUGGGGUGUGGGUCAGCUUGUGAAGACAUGUGGGUUGGUGGGUGUGCCCAAAUUGCUCAGAGAGUUGCAGAACAGGUGUCUGGAACACAACCCGGAGCAGCGGCCGACGGCGGCUGACUGCUACCACCACCUGCUGCAGUUGCAGUCUUCUCUGUCAUCCGCCGCCGCCAGCGGAGGGUAUUGA